GCUCGGUUCUGUGUGACGUCAGAACCUGUGUGGAGUCUGGGUGGGAGCUCCUGGUGUUAGUUGGCAUUUUUCAGAGAAAUGGCUGAAAGCAGGUCUCCAUUUAACGUCCAGAAGGACGACGUUCUGUGCAGCAAAAAGCACAAAUACGUCGUUGAAGAGCUGCUGGCGCGGGGAGGAUAUGGACAAGUUGUACAGGCCAGAAAAAUGAGCACCGACGCCAUUGUGGCCAUAAAGGUGGUACGGCGAGAUCAGUACGCUUCAGGCGAGAAUGAGGUGAAAAUUCUGAAGGCGAUCCGAGAAUACACGGGCGACAAAUCGACCAUCGUGCGUUUAUUAGAACAUUUUGAUCACGAGAACCAGUUCUGCCUGGCUUUUGAGAUGCUGGACAUGAGUCUGUUUGACUUCAUCAAAAUGAAGUAUUUUUCCCCCCUGGAAGUUAACGAGAUCCGAGUUAUUGCUCAGCAAAUGCUUGUUGCUCUGAAUGCCCUUAAAAGAAUGAGUGUGAUGCACAGAGAUAUGAAAUGUGAUAACAUCAUGCUAGUCAAUCACACGCUGCUACCGCUGAGGGUGAAGCUGAUAGAUUUCGGCCUUUCUAUCAGAACCUAUAAUAUAAUGAAUUUGAAGUUCAAGCAGCCUCUCUCGUACAGAUCUCCAGAUGUUAUCCUGAACUUUUCCCAGAAUGAAGCCAUAGACAUGUGGGGUCUAGGAUGUGUUUUAGCUUUUCUCUUCCUUGGUCGCCACCUGUUUCCUGCGCGGUCUGAGUAUGAAACCUUAAGCAUCAUGGUUACACUGCUAGGUCAGCCUGACGACCUUACGCUGAGCUAUGGAUUCAGCACAAACAUCUUUUUCAAGUGUGUCCGGGCAGACUUUGCGUACGCUUGGAGGCUGAAAACAGCCGAGGAGUAUUGUAAGGACGCCAAUGAACAGAUUCCCUCACCUAACGCAGCUUGUUUUAACCUGAGCUCUCUGGAUGACAUGCAAAACAUGCGGCCACAAGCAACGGAUCCGCUUGAAAAGGCAGAUCUACUAUGCUUCAUUAACCUUCUCAAGCAGAUGCUGGAUAUGAACCCUUCAAGACGCAUCACCCCCAACAAGGCACUGAAUCAUGACUUUAUCACAAUGAAGCAUCUGUGUGGUGGCACCGACAACCCUUAUGUGACUGCGUCACACAGGAUGAUGGAAAGGUGCCCCGAGCCAGAACCCCAAGUGGAAAACACACCUUCAGGAUCCAGUCAGUCCGCUGAGGAAAGCUUACAUUCAGAUACAAACAAAGCAGAUUCUUCUGCACAAACUCCUUAUUCAGAUGGCCAUCAGGACUCGGCAAAGGCCCCUGUGGGAAAAGCAAAGAUAAGAACUGCUACGACGCCAAACCUCCCAGCCCCGGUUCAGGCGAAGGAGCGGAAACACGCACCGCUGACCAAGUCCGCCGGUAGGCAUCCAGAAAACAGGACCGUCGGCCAGUACCAGCAGGAGAACCACGGUUCCUUCAGCUGCCGUUGGCAAAAAGGAGAGCUCCAGGGCUGUGAAGCCAAAGGCCUCAACUGCCUCCAAACCCCCGUGUGUUGGUGGUUUCUGUGGUACUGA